CUGCAGCGGCUGCCGGACGAAGACGAUGGGCCUUACUCCAAAGGGGGCAAAGACACAGUGGGGGCUGAUGGGGCCCUGGUGUGCCGCCGUCAGAGCAUCCCAGAGGAGUUCCGGGGUGUCACUGUGGUGGAGCUGAUCAAACGUGAGGGCAGCACUCUGGGCCUGACCAUCUCGGGAGGCACUGACAAGGACGGGAAGCCCAGGGUCUCCAACCUGCGACCUGGGGGCCUGGCGGCCAGGAGUGACUUGCUGAACGUCGGUGACUAUAUCCGCUCAGUGAAUGGGAUCCACCUGACUCGGCUCCGACAUGACGAGAUCAUCACGCUGUUGAAGAACGUGGGCGAGCGCGUGGUGCUGGAGGUGGAGUAUGAGCUGCCCCCGCCUGCUCCCGAGAACAACCCAAGGAUCAUUUCUAAGACGGUGGAUGUCUCCCUCUACAAGGAAGGCAAUAGUUUUGGCUUUGUCCUCAGAGGAGGAGCCCACGAGGACCUGCAUAAAUCCCGCCCACUUGUCCUGACCUAUGUGCGGCCUGGUGGCCCAGCAGACAGGGAGGGCUCCUUGAAGGUGGGUGACAGACUGCUCAGUGUAGAUGGGAUCCCACUGCACGGGGCCAGCCAUGCCACUGCACUAGCCACCCUGCAGCAGUGUAGCCAUGAGGCCCUUUUCCAAGUGGAGUACGACGUGUCCACAUCGGACACUGUGACCAAUGCUUCAGGGCCAUUGGUAGUAGAAAUAGCCAAGACGCCGGGGUCUGCCCUGGGGAUCUCACUCACCACUGGCUCCCAUCGGAACAAGCCAGCCAUCACCAUUGACCGCAUCAAGCCAGCCAGCGUAGUGGACAGGAGUGGUGCCCUGCAUGCUGGAGACCACAUCCUGGCCAUUGAUGGCACCAGCACAGAGCACUGCUCACUACUUGAGGCCACCAAGCUCCUGGCCAGUGUGACUGAGAAAGUGCGGCUGGAGAUCUUGCCUGCCCCCCAGAGUCAGCGGCCCCUGAAGCCCCCAGAAGCAGUGAGAGUGCAGAGGAGUGAGCAGCUGCAUCGUUGGGACCCCUGUGUCCUCUCUUCCAACAGCCCGAGGCCCAGUCACUGCAGAGCUCCUGCCUGGGCACCUGGUGGCCAUGACCAGAGUCGAUCCUUGUCUUCAACGCCUUUCUCCUCACCAACCAUGAACUCCGCCUUUCCAUGUGCCAGUGCCAGCACCCUGCCCCGAGGACCCAUGAGCCCCAAGACCACGGCAGGGCGGAGGAGGCAGCGGAGGAGAGAACACAGGAGCUCUUUGUCACUGGCUUCCAGCACGGUAGGGCCAGGCGGGCAGAUUGUCCAUUCGGAGACCACAGAAGUCGUGCUUUGUGGAGAUCCUCUCAGCGGCUUUGGCCUCCAGCUUCAGGGCGGCAUCUUUGCUACUGAGACCCUGUCCUCCCCGCCCUUGGUGCGCUUUAUCGAGCCUGACAGCCCGGCUGAGAGGUGUGGGCUGCUGCAGGUGGGGGACCGUGUCCUAUCCAUCAAUGGCAUUGCUACUGAAGAUGGGACUAUGGAGGAAGCCAACCAGCUGUUGCGUGAUGCUGCACUGACUCGAAAAGUUGUUCUGGAGAUUGAGUUCGAUGUGGCAGAAUCUGUCAUCCCGAGCAGUGGGACAUUCCACGUGAAGCUGCCCAAGAGGCGUGGAGUAGAGUUGGGCAUCACCAUCAGUUCGGCCAGCAGAAAGCGAGGGGAGCCCCUGAUCAUCUCUGACAUCAAGAAAGGCAGUGUGGCACACAGGACUGGCACCCUGGAGCCAGGGGAUAAACUGCUGGCCAUUGAUAAUAUCCGCCUGGACCACUGUCCUAUGGAGGACGCUGUGCAAAUCCUGCGCCAGUGCGAGGAUCUGGUCAAGCUCAAAAUACGGAAAGAUGAGGACAACUCGGAUGAACAGGAGAGCUCGGGUGCAGUCAGCUACACAGUGGAGCUGAAGCGCUAUGGUGGCCCCCUUGGUAUCACUAUCUCGGGCACAGAGGAACCGUUUGAUCCCAUCAUUAUUUCUGGCCUCACCAAGCGCGGCCUGGCAGAAAGGACUGGUGCCAUCCAUGUGGGGGACCGCAUCCUGGCCAUCAACAGUGUGAGCCUCAAGGGCCGGCCACUGAGUGAGGCCAUCCACCUCCUGCAGGUGGCUGGGGAGACAGUGACACUGAAGAUCAAGAAGCAGCUGGACUGCCCCCUCCUACCCCGCCAGUCAGGCAGCCUCAGUGAGGCCAGCGACGUGGAUGAGGACCCACCUGAAGCCAUCAAGGGAGGCUUGCUGGGAGCCCGAUUCUCUCCUGCUGUACCCAGUGUGGACAGUGCCAUGGAGUCUUGGGGCAGCUCAGCCACAGAGGGUGGUUUCAGGGGUUCAGGUUCCUACACCCCGCAGGCAGCAAUCGGGGGUGUGACCCCUCAGGAGUGGCGACCCAGCAGGCUAAAGAGCAGCCCUCCACCCCUUGAGCCCCGGAGGACGAACUACACACCAGCCCCCACUGAGGAGAACUUCCCAGAGGAGGAGGAGGGGGAGUGGGAGCCACCGAUGAGCCCAGCCCCUGGCCCUGCCCGAGAGGAGGGCUUCUGGAGAGUGUUUGGGGAGGCCCUCGAAGACCUGGAGUCCUGUGGUCAGUCAGAGCUGCUAAGGGAGUUAGAGGCCUCCAUCAUGACAGGCACUGUGCAGAGUGUGGCCCAGGAUGGCAGGCCUGGCUCCCGGCCCUGGCACAGGAGCCGGGAGGUCCAAGCAUCCCCUGAAGACCUGCAGGAGCUGAUGCUGCCGACGCCCCUGGAGAUGCACAGGGUGACCCUGCACAAGGACCCAGUGCGGAAUGACUUUGGCUUCAGUGUCUCAGAUGGACUCCUGGAGAAGGGUGUCUAUGUCCACACUGUGCGUGUGGAUGGGCCAGCCCAGCGUGGAGGACUGCGGCCCUUUGACAGGCUCCUGCAGGUCAAUCACGUUCGUACUCGGGACUUCGACUGUUGCCUGGCCGUCCCGCUCCUGGCAGAGGCAGGGGACAUCCUAGAACUUGUCGUCAGCCGCAACCCACUGGCACAAAGCCGCCGGACCCCCCGAGCACCAGGUCCCAGCAGUCCCCGGAUGCUUUGAAAUCAGCUCAGUUGGAGGAGUGGCCCCCACUCAUCUACUGUGAGUCUGCAGAUUCCACACCUGGGACAGAGUGGCAUCUUCAAGUUGGAUCUCCAAGGUGCUCUGAGGGACCCCUCCCAAAAAGAGUCAGUUUUGCUGUUCAGCCAGGAGAGAGGCUGGGAUUUCCUCAUAUUCCUGUAGGGUCACUGCAGAGUGGCACCAGGAGUGGGAUCAGUCCCGCUCAGUGUGGGAGCUGGAAUGAACUGCCAGUGAGGAGUGAGCUCCCCAUCCCAGGAGGUGAACAAGCAGGAGUUGGACUGGACUCCAGCAGGAGACAUUCAGUGAUAAGCAGCUACACAGGCAGAGCAAAAUCACACAGGGCUCCUGACACCAGGAAGGCUAUGGCACAGCAGAAGCAGUACCCUCCUUCUUCCAGAGUCCUGGUGUUCUGAGAGUCUCUGGCUUCCAGCAUCCCCACUGGGAGACCCUGAGCAGGGCAUCUAGAGUGCCAGAAAAUGAUGGCCCCUUUCUUUAGGUCAGUGGUUCUGGACCCCGGAGCAGGGCUGUGGCCAUCAACCCUCCUGCUACACACACCCCCUCAGCCCAGGUCCCCUUCAUAGGAGAGUACUACCUGGGGAUGAAAGGCCCAAGAGCAUCCAUUCACCUGCCAUUCCAACAAAGAUGGAAAACCAUGGAAGCAAUUAGAGGCACCAGGUGAUACAGCUCUGCCAAUGACCUCAAGGGGGCAGGAGGGGGAUGGGAGAAAGAGAGAAGCUGAGCUGGAGACAGACCAGCUGAAGAACAAGAGGGAACAGCGUCCAAAAGGGCCAUCCAAGGAAGCUCCCACUUUAUAGCUGGAGGUGUCGGCACCCCUUAACGCAGGUUUUCUCUGUCUCUAGAGAGCAGGAUUCUUUCAGCUUUGAACAAGGCACAAGUCUCCUCCUGGUGGUCUGGGCUGAUCUGGGGACUGGCUCUGCCCAGUUCAAGGUCUCAAGGAAACGGGGGCCUCCACUCCUACCCUACCCCCCCCUCUGCCCUUGCAACUUAGGACAGAAAAGCACAUCAUUCUCAAGAGAACAAAUGGAGGGAGAAACCGCCCUAUCCCCCUGACUCCUUGCUUGACUGUGUUAUCCCCCCUGAGUCAUAUUCCCCCUCUGGACAGUCAGGUGGGUUUGAGAAGAUACAGGGCUAUCUCCACCUCAGCUCUUCCUCUCCUUUGCGUCCCUGCCCCUCAUGAGGGCUUCUCUGGGUCCUUGGUGCCUGGGUCCAUGUUACCUAGCACCUGUGUUUUCAUCGCCCCAGGGUAAAAGGGCAUUGCCCACCCAUCAGGGCACCAAACAGAAGCCAAAACCCUCAGCUUUGAGGGCAGGAGAAUGGCAUAAUAGAAAGGUAACUCCUGGCUGCCAGAAGCUGCUGCUGUGUGACCUUAGGCAGUUGGCUCAGCUUCCCUGGGCUUCCGGUAUGUGUGAACUGGACUCUCAGGGCCUCUAGGCUUGGGAAAUCUUCAUUUCAUUCAAGGACUCCAGGCUGGGAAACUGCAAGCACUCAACCCCUUCCCUUCCCUUGGGCUGAGGCUCUGCCAUCCUUCAAGACAUAUGCAACAUGGCCAAGCGGGUGGACCUCCUGGCCAUGGCCAGUGGCCUCAUAUGCAAUAGCCCCCCUGGCUCUUCCUGGGGGGUGUUCAUCCCACACUGACAUCCCCUGCCCCCACCCCAGCCGGUGUCCUGCCUGCCUAUGCAUUUUGAGAAUGUUCCCUGUGACUCAUCCCCCACCCCAGAGCUGUAUUUUUCUCUGGCUGAGUUAGAACAUAUUCCUUGUAAAGUAUUUUUCUACGUGGGUUUUCUUAGGGUUCCUGGGAAGCACAACCCACCCACGGCUCCGUUGUACAGACUGUUCCUGGUCUGUCUGGGGUCCACAUGUAAAUCUUUGUCCCACCAGGCAUCACAGUGAGUGGGGGAAGUGAGUGCUCCUGGGAUGAAUUUCUAAUAAAAUCAGUU